CUCUUUCUUUCCUCUCUCUCCCAACGCCAAAUCUCUCUCUCUCUCUCUCUCUCUUUACAUAAACAUUCUGCUAUAAAGAAAGAAACAAACUUUGUUACUCACGACGCUCUCCCAUUAUUCCUACUUCAAUCCCAACACAAUUUCAAUGGAGAGGCCGAAACUGAAGCCCAUCUACAGAGGCAGAGCCACUGCAACUCCUCCCUCCGAUCCAAUGGAGUUCCUCUCCCGCUCUUGGAGCGUCUCCGCCUUCGAAAUCUCCAAAGUCCUCACCAACACCAACCCCAACCCCGCCCCCGACAUCAUCUACGAAGAGCCCGCAGUCUCCGGCAACCCCUUCUCCUUCGCUUCUUCAGAAACUUCCCAGCUCGUCAUGGACCGCAUUAUGUCUCAAUCGCAGGAGGUAUCACCACGCACUUCUGGAAGGCUGUCUCACAGCAGUGGCCCCCUCAAUGGCGGACAGAGCUGUGGUGGCUCUCUCACUGACAGUCCACCGGUCUCCCCCUCUGAGAUAGAAGAUCUCAAGGCGUGUAUUCAUCAAUACAGUCGAGCAAAUAUUCCGGUGGGUAGCCAGUACAAGAGCAGCAGCACCGCGGCUGUGAGUGGCGGAGGAAAAACUGUUGGGAGGUGGUUGAAGGAUCGGAGGGAGAAGAAGAAAGAGGAGGCGAGGGCGCACAAUGCACAGCUCCACGCAGCCAUCUCAGUCGCUGGGGUGGCGUCUGCUAUUGCUGCCAUCGCAGCUGCCACAGCUGCGUCGUCUGGGGCAGGGAAGGACGAGAACAUGGCCAAGACGGACAUGGCUGUGGCCUCUGCUGCCACGCUGGUUGCUGCGCAGUGUGUUGAGGCGGCUGAGGCAAUGGGGGCUGAGCGCGACCAUCUGGCCUCUGUUGUGAGCUCUGCUGUCAAUGUCCGAUCAGCCGGUGAUAUCAUGACCCUUACAGCUGCUGCUGCCACUGCUCUACGCGGGGCUGCCACUCUGAAGGCGAGGACGUUGAAGGAUGUGUGGAACGUAGCAGCAGUGGCACCUCUGGACAAGGGGGCGGGGGUCGUUAGUGGUGUCAGUGGGGGGAGCAAUGGCAGUUCCAGCGGCGAAUUCAUCCCCGAAGAAAAUUUCCUCGAGAUAUGUGGCAGAGAGAUUCUUGCAAGAGGCUGCGAGCUUUUGAAAAAAACUCGAAAGGGCGAUCUUCACUGGAAACUAGUGUCCGUUUACAUCAACAGAAUGGGGCAGGUGAUGCUGAAGAUGAAGAGUAGGCAUGUAGCUGGGACAGUCACUAAAAAGAAAAAGAAUGUGGUGUUGGAUGUGCUCAAGGAUAUUCCUGCGUGGUCCGGGCGCCACCUUCUCGAGGGGGGACCGGAGCGGAGGUACUUUGCACUGAAAACAGUCGGGCGAGGCGUCGUCGAGUUCGAGUGCAAGAAUCAGAGAGAGUAUGAUGUGUGGACCCAUGGAGUGUCUAGACUACUUGCCAUUGCUGCUGAGAGGAACAAUAAACAUAGGGUUUGAUGUUUCUCAUUAGUGGUUUAGUAUAGAAAGAUAAGCCUCUAUUUUGGACUAACAAUUUGGUAAGUAGUAUGGGUGAAAUUGGUAGUGAAAAAAUGUGGUAAAGUUGUUUGAUGUUAAUCCACAUGGGAUGGAUGGAUCCCUUUAGUUUUAAUCUGGAGAAAAUGUAGUAUUUUUUGGGAUUGUGUUUGAUUUUGAAAUAUUAAAAAGAGUAAAGUGAAGGAAAGAUUGUGAAAGCA